UAUAACAGACUAAAGUUUUUAUCGCAAAACGCGUGUAUACAUGAAAAUAUACAGAAAAUUUUACAACAUCACCUGCAGCAGCUCUUUCAUUUAUUCCAGUGAAUGUCAGCAGUAGCCGAUCGUCAUCUCCUCGAGCAAAGCAAGCUUGUUGUCACAAAUAUAUUAUGAGCAUUGCUGUUGCUGCUGCUUACGUGGAAUGUAUUCCCCGACGCACAAAAUAAGUUUGUCUACGCAAUAAUGACGCUGCUGUCACCCAAGCGAUCGCCCACUCCUUCAACGAGAUCGUCAACCUUAAGGCACCCCAGCAUCUUAUACACCAUCGUUAGUCAAAUCUGCCAUUAUCGACGUGAACCACACUAACUUCUGUAAACAACAGCAGCAGCAACCAGAUCAGACAAGACAGUACCCCAGCACAGCAGCUGCUGCAGAUAUAGCUCCAAGAGCUAUUUAUAAUGAUGCCACAUCAUUGGCAUUGAUUUUGCAGAAGGUAUAGCCGGCAAAAUCACCAACAUCGUCGUCGUGGCUCCGACCGGCAGCAGCACGACGUUAGCCAAGACAAGCAGCAGCUCAACUCGUGCGUCGAUACGGAUAACAACGAUGAGAUGACAACGUCCCAGUCAACGAGCCGCCUGCUGCACGAGUACCACAACAGCAGGCGCAGUAGAAUGCUGGGGCGUGACUGGCGCCAGGCUCUUCGCACGCCGCACAUUUACAGGGUCGGCAACAGUACUCUGCGUAUCCAGAGCCACUUUCUUGUCUUCUUGCUCUUCCUCGUGAUCGCGUGCUUCGUAUACUACGGCUAUCCGUUGCUGAAGAGCCUCAUCUGCGUGCCCCCGGAACACAUGCUGCAACCCCGCCAGUAUUACAAUUACAACAAGACUUACCCACUGACUCCUGCGAGUAAACAAUUCACGGGUGUUUCUUACAAAAUUGCGAUCGUCAGUGAUCGGGACACCAACUCCAAAAGUACUAGUCAGAGAAAUUUGUGGCAAAGUAAUCUGAUUAGGGGCAAUCUUAUGUGGAUGUCUUCCAGGAAUUUUAUCUCCGUUACGUGGGAUAAGGCCGUCGUGGCACUGACCUCGGAUCUAAAUAUGAAGGGCAGAGGAAUGGAGUUGUCUGAACUAGUGACUUUUGACGGAAGACUAUUAACUUUUGACGACAGGUCUGGAGUGACGUUUUUUUUAGAAGGGGACAAUGUUUAUCCUUGGGUCAUACUCAUGGAUGGCAAUGGAAGGAGUAAAAAAGGUUUUAAAUCUGAGUGGGCUACUGUGAAAGACGAACUACUGUAUGUUGGUAGUAUGGGCAAAGAAUGGACUACUUCCACUGGAGAGUUUGUACACAACGAUCCUAUGUGGGUUAAAGUUAUAUCACCUAAUGGUGAAGUUUAUUCUAGAAAUUGGAAAUCAAACUUCAAACACUUACGAGAAGCCAUAGGUAUUGAAUAUCCAGGCUACAUGAUUCAUGAGUCGGGAGCCUGGAGUGAUGUCCAUAAAAAAUGGUUUUUCCUACCAAGAAGGUGUUCAAAAGAGAAAUAUGAUGAAAAAAUAGACGAAACUAUGGCUUGCAAUGUAUUGCUAAUAGCUGAUGAGAAAUUUGUAAAUAUUAAGGUAGUGUAUGUGGGCUCAUUAGUGCCAAUCAGAGGAUUUUCAAGUUUCAAGUUCCUCCCUGAUUCAAAUGACUCGAUAAUUGUGGCUCUGAAGACUGAAGAAUAUCUAAAUAAAACUGCUACCUACAUAACAGCCUUCAAUAUUGAUGGACAGAUAAUUAUGCCUGAUCUCCAUGUGGCAGACGAAAAGUUUGAAGGCUUAGAAUUUGUAUGAUAAUUUUAAUUGAAAGAACCUAGUGAUAUUUAUAAUUUUAUUAAAAGUGUAAAUAACUGUACAAAUGAUACUAGUGAUUUUAAUGGUACAUUACGUCACUAGGGCACAAAGUACAAACAUGAGCGCUCGAAGGGCGCGGUUACUGUAAGUUGGUGCCCAAUUCGCGUAUGUUUUUUUUUCUUACCAAGGGCGCAAAGUGCAAUUUUGCACCCAUGGGCACAUUUUGGGACGAGUAAAUCACUUUGGGCCCUAAGGCAGAAAAGUACUUUGGACCCAGAGGAUGCAAAAAACUUUUCUUCCCGUGGGCUCAAAGUGACUACAAGGGCGCAAAGCGUGACCCGAGGGCGUCAAACGGCAGUUGCACAUAGUGCCCAUGAUAAGAAAAAUUUUUUUUCCGCCCUCGGGUGGUUUUAGGAGGCUGGUACUUCC